AGAAGUAGAGUCAUUUCCUCAUAGACGUCUAUGGGAGCAGAGGAGUCGCCCCCUGCUGGUCACUACAGAGAAUGCAGUUUUGAGACACUUAUACAGGGGUUUGUACGUCUACUUCUCCUUCAGGUCUCAUUCAUAAUGAGGUUAUUAAACAUCUGAAUGAGAACCUGGAAGCUCUCCCUCUGGCUCCCCAGCCGCGAGGUGAAGGACAACGUUUGGAAAUCUUGAGGGUGGAAUAUUUCACCACAGAAAUGAGACCAGGAACAGGGAAUACGAUGAGACGAGUCAUGAUUUGUGAUGUCAUGUUGACUGGAGCCCCGCAGACAGACUAAACAGAUCCAGACCUUCAAACAGACAGGAGACCAACUCAGCCCACCGAGGGAGGGGGGCUGGGAGGAAUCCCAGCUCUGCUCCAUUAACAGAGGGGAGGGAGGGAGAAGGUAGAAGUUGCAAGUGCUGUGAGUCACAGAUGGGAGGGGACUGGAGUGGAGAGAGAGAGAGAGAGAUGGAGGGGGGGAGGGCAGAGGUAUAUUAUGGUAGGAGGCUGCCUGGGCGAGAGAGGGAAGUAAAGAAAGAGAGAGCGAGUCCAGCCCCCUCCGCUAAAACCAUUCAACUGGUGAGCGAAGAAGCAUUCACCACUGAGACAGAGACAGAGAGACAAACUCCCUCCGUCUGGGACAACUUAGUGGACACCAGGAACCAAGAUCUCCAGAGUUCUCCUCUAUAUUCGUCUUCUUCUCUGGCUCGUAACGCCUCCACGUUCGGCCAUCUGCCACAGAGACCAAAGAAACCAAGAGAGACCAGCAAGACCAGGAGAGACCGGUGUGACCAAAGGGACCAGAGAGACCAGGAGAAACCAGCAAGACCGGGAGAGACCAGCAAGCACACUAAGGCCAGUAGAGACCACAGAGACCAGUGAGACCAGAAGAGACCAGGAUUACUCAUUCCUCUCCCUUUUUUCUGUCCUCCAUUCGGCUCUCACAGGUGGACUCUGGGCUCCAAACUACUGUGGUAGACAAAGGUGGAGCAGAGCAGACCUGAUUUUAAAGCCAAACUCAACCCGCUCUGAGCAUCCUCCGCCAACCAGCCAGCCAAUCAGGAGCCCCCGUGUCAUCAUGUCCGUCUGGGCUCUGCUGGGCUGGACCCUCCUGGUCCUGGUCCAGAGCUCCAGCUCCAGCUCAGACCCGCUGUCCCUCCCUGAUCGCCCGGACGCCGCCUCCGGCUCCCACUGCCCCUCCUGCGCCCUGGCCCGGAUGAGGAGGAGUGAGGGGGGCGAGACGGCGGGCCCUGAGCAGGAGGAGCAUGAGGAGGCUCAGCAGGAGGUGGUGGAGGCGGUGAAGAGGCACAUCCUCAACAUGCUGCACCUCCAGACCCGGCCCAACAUCAGCAGGCCCGUGCCGCGCGCCGCGCUCCUCAACGCGCUGCGCAAGCUCCACGUCGGCCGCGUGGCCGACGAUGGCAGCGUGCAAAUCGAGGGCGAGGAGGAGGCGCGAGGGAGGGGGGGCAGAGGAGCAGGAGGAGGAGGAACCAUGGCAUCGAGAACGGGGGACGGAGGAGACGCGCAAGAGACAACGGAGAUCAUCACCUUCGCCGAGGCCGGUGAGUCUCCCGGCCUGGUGAGCUUCGUGCUUUCUAAGGACGGAGGCGACCUCUCUCUGGUGGAGCAGGCUAACGUCUGGCUCUUCCUCCGCCUCGCCAAGACCAACCGCAGCCGCGCCAAGGUCACCAUCCGCCUCUUCCAGCAGCGCCACCCCCCCGUCGGGCGCCCGCCCUCGCAGCAGGACGACGUCCUUCUGGCAGAGAAAUCGGUGGACACGCGACGCAGCGGCUGGCACACCUUUCCUGUUUCGGCGGCGGUGCAGGCGGUGCUGCAGGGCGCCGGUGGCGCCGCACUGAGCCUCCGUGUCACCUGCCCACUCUGCGCCGACGCCGGCGCCACGCCGGUGCUGGUCUCCGGCGGGCCCGAGGCCUCGCGGGGCGCCAACCAGCGGGAGCAGACCCACCGGCCCUUCCUCAUGGCCGUGGUGCGGCCGGAGGACGGCAGCGGCUCGCCGCGGCGCAGGAAGCGCGGCCUGGAGUGCGAUGGGAAGGUGCGCGUUUGCUGCAAACGGCAGUUCUACGUCAAUUUCAAGGACAUCGGCUGGAGCGACUGGAUCAUCGCGCCACCCGGCUACCACGCCAACUACUGCGAGGGCGAGUGCCCCUCCCACGUGGCGAGCAUCACCGGCUCCUCGCUGUCCUUCCACUCCACCGUCAUCAGCCACUACCGCAUGCGGGGCUACAGCCCCUUCCAGAACCUGCGGUCGUGCUGCGUGCCCACCCGGCUGAGGGCCAUGUCCAUGCUCUACUACAACGAGGAGCAGAAGAUCAUCAAGAAGGACAUCCAGAACAUGGUGGUGGAGGAGUGCGGCUGCUCGUAGGCGGGGCCGAGGGGAGCUCCGCCCUUUAGGGAAUCAAACUCCAAGUCUCCUCGGCACUUUCAGAAAAAAACAAAACAAGAGAGUAUCUAAUAUAUUUUUGUUACAAACGGGGGAAGCGACGCGUAUUUAUGAUUUAUGAGACGAAGCGCCUGAAGAUUAAAACUAUGCAACUUGUUUCAUGUAUCACAGACUUUA